CCUCAGGCGGCCGCCGUGCGGGCUGCGUGCUUAAUGCAUCUCCCGGUUGACAGAGAGAAGCUCAAGCCCAGGAGGAUGAGCGAAAUGAUGCUGCCAGGGGAACGAGCCCUGGCGCAAGUUCUAUCCGAGCACCCAGGCGAGCUCAUGCGCACGGGAUGCCCGAACAUGGUGUGCUCCGUGUUGCCCACCCACUGGCGAUCCAACAAGACACUUCCCGUUGCCUUCAAGGUGGUCACCCUUAGUGAUGUGUGCGACGGGACGUUAGUGACACUACGAGCCGGCAACGACGAGAACUACUGCGCCGAGCUUCGCAACGCAUCCGCCGUGGUCAAGAAUCAGGUGGCCAAGUUUAACGAUCUUCGCUUCGUUGGUCGGAGUGGAAGAGGCAAAAGCUUCACCAUCACCAUCACAGUGAGCACGAACCCUCCCCAGGUUGCAACCUACAACAAGGCGAUCAAGGUGACCGUCGAUGGGCCCCGGGAACCACGCAGUAAGACCCGUCAGCAGCAGCAGCUCCGAGCCUUCGCGAGCGCUUUCGGGCAGCGUCCACCACCGUUCCUGGAUCCUCUACGCGAAUGGGACCAUCACUUCCGGCGGAAGACUGCCGAGCAGUGGGCACAGGACAUUCCUAGGAGGAUCCCCAGCGCCGGUCAUCCUGAUCUGACGCAAGUGUUUCACCUGGGAGCAGAUCCUCACUGGGGAGCGUACCAACAUUACUCCACGUACCUGGCCGCUACAGGAUCAGCUGGAGCCUUCGGGACGCCGGCUGUGGCGGGCUACACCGUCGAAGCCGCAGGUCCGCAUGAAAGCUCAUGCCCUUCCAGCGGCAACACCUCUGCGCAAAUUACUCCCGGCAGUGGAGUAGGUGAGCGUUCAAACGGUUCGAACGGCAACUUCCCCGAGCAGGCCACGAACCUCUCUUUAAAAGCAGAUGCCUCAUUGGCUUUGAGUCGCUACAGCAGCGCUGUCGCGGCCGCUCAGGAUAUGUGCCUCACGGACAGGCUGUCAGAGCUGAGGCAAGGCCUUGCGGGAGUCAAUGCAGCUGCCGGUUUCAACCAACAGCCGAGCACAACCGCAAGUCUCCUCGUAAACUCUGCCGCAGCGCCCUACCUAACCCACGCCGCCGCUGGCUAUGCCGGUCUCCUCGGGCCGCACAGUUACUACGCCAGCGGCAACGGAGCUGCCUACCUUGGCGGUCCAGUUGUUCCUCCCUCCCUGCUCUACCCGCAACUCUACGGUACGGUGGGCCAAAGUCCCGGAGGAAUUCACCCAAGCCUCCACCUUCUGCGCGCCGAACUCCGGCCCGGCUCCCAUCAGUCUCCUUCAUCGCCCGACCGAACUCCUGCUGGGUCGCCCAACAUUGAUAGCGACGCCAGUUCUGCUUCGCCGAAGCACGAACCAGCCGACGAGUCCAUCGAGAGUGACCACAGUACGGCGCCAUCCGAAGACAGUCCCAAGAAGACGCCGUCUCUGGCUGUCACGGUCAAGACGACGGUGGUGGUGACGUCAUCCACCGCCACAACAACAACAACAGCCACAUCGUCAUCGUCGACAGGUUCCACGAAUGGUCAUACGAGUUCGGACUCAUCUCUCUGGAGGCCGUACUAGUGGUGGUGUUAACUGUACAACUUGUGUGGGGGGCGCGACAGGAUCGUGGUUGCCAGACUACAGAGAAUCCAGCGACGGACAGCAGGAAGGAUGAAGACGCGAAAAAGAAAAAGUGCAACAAUGUUGCGUGAUAGUGAUAUCGCGAAAAGUUCAUCCGUUGACUGGUGCAGAGCAAUGAGGGUUGUGAGAGUGAAGUUUUGAAGUGAGAAAAGUAAGGUGCUUUAGUUACUCGCAUAAACGACUGAACGUGACAUUAACCACUCAAGUGUAAAUACAGCGUGACGACACGUUAUGGACGAACGAGGGCAACAUUUGUUUCUCCCCUUUUGUACUGCCUUUCCAAGCUGAGGACGCCGAUCUGCAUGGCGGUACAUCAACGUGAUUAUGGCCCAAGACAGAAGGUUGCCGCCGACACUUAGACGUCGAAUUAAGCCGGGCAGACGGUUUUUCCGGUACCAAAAACCAGCAAGUCAUCUACAAGGCCAUCUGUAUCUGUUGUACACUCCAACGUAUUUGUGCAUUCCACAUUAUCGGACGACACUUAAUUUAUUCCGAAGUUAGAUUCCUUCUUCCUAUAUCAUUUUCAUUUCUCAUGUUCAAUAAUGGAAGCCACGAAAGUAUUUCAAUAUUUAACACGAUUAUUUUCUGUCGGAAUAAUCACUUCUAUGUUGCGCCCUCUUGUGGUGUCCUCUACAGUUACAGAAUAAAAGGUUGUUUGCCCGGAUGCUAGCCAUGUACAGCUCAACACGUAGCAGUUCUGUUUUUGUACGUUUCUGGAAAGGUGGGGAAUAAAAUGAAUCAC